UCCAAAAAUCAAAAUGCCUGGUACACGUUGUGCUGUGUAUGGUUGUGGUAAUACCUAUAAAACAAGGCAGCAAGAACAUGAAUAUUUUAUAUUUCAUCGGUUUCCCAAAGCUAAAGAUCUUGUUUCCCAAACUAUGAGAAAAGAAUGGAUAUUACGAUGCAAACGGGAAGAUAAAUUUAACCCUGAUACUAGCUACAUCUGCUCAGUUCAUUUCACAGAAAAGGAUUAUGAAAGAGACUUACAGAAUGAAUUAUUAGGUUUACCACUACGAAAAAUAUUGAAAAAAACCGCUGUUCCUACUUUGGGAUUGUAUUCAAAAAAAUCAACAAGUGAAGCUAGUAGUUCAAGCAUUAGUUCCAGAGAAGAAAGACUGGCCAAACGAAAUGCAAAGGAGGAAGUGAACAAACUUUUAAAAGUAGCCACGUUAACAGCUCCUAUUAAUACUUUUUCUGAUGAUACCGAAGACCAUAAUCCUAAAUCUUUUGGAAGUAUUCAGUUUGAAGAGCAUGUACCAGAGCCUUCCACUUCAUCAACCCCCAACUUUGUCCCAGAAAACUAUGAUUAUAAGGCUUUGUACAAUGAGUCUGUAGAGAAAUAUGAAAAGUUAGAAAGACAGUAUGCUCUUUUAAAAUCCAGAAACUUCGAGACAUUACACAAAUAA